CCUUCCGUGACGUGUUUCCGGUGUCAUGUCAGCGGUCUGCUGGCACCGCAUGUUUACACGCUGAUGCUCCUGCACGGUUCCAGUCCUCACGUUUUUCAGUGAAACAGUUCGACUGAAACAAAAAGGUCAAACGGAGAUGGCAGAAGUCGUUCAAGAGAAAAGUCGUGGCUUGAAGUUUGCGGAGCAGCAGCUCCUUCGGCACGGCUGGGAGCAAGGUAAAGGACUGGGACGAGCUGAAAACGGCAUAUCAGAGGCCAUCAAGGUGAAAGUGAAGUGUGACAAAGGAGGAGUUGGCCAUAAAGAAGGGGAGCAGUUCACCUUCCACUGGUGGGAUCAUGUGUUCAAUAAAGCCUCCUCCAGCCUGCAGGUGGAGUCUGAUCAAAAUGGGAUCAAGCUGAAGAAGACUACAGAAGAAGAGGAUGGGAUGAUCUCCAAUAAAAAGCCAAGGAAAGCGACACUGGCUAAAGAUAAGCUGUAUGGAUGCUUUGUCAAGUCUGCCACGCUGCUGUCGGGUCAGGAGCAGCCAGAGCCGAAGGCGUCCAGCUCGGAUGACAGCAGCAGCUCAGACGAGGAGGAUGACCAGAGGAUGGAUCUCUCCAGCACCACCAAGCUUUCUGACACUGAUCUUAUGAAAGUUUGUGGAGGACGCACAGCUCACAAGGGAGCCAGGCACGGCUUGACCAUGAGCGCCAAGUUAGCCAGGCUGGAGCAGCAGGAGGCCGAGUUCAUGGCCAAGUAUGGAAAGAAGAACCAACCAGCUCCUCCUCCAGCCUCCUGUUUAGAGACGCAGGAGGAGACGAUGGCAAGCAGAAAAAAGAUGAAAAUUAAUGAGUUGAGUAGUGAUGAAGUUUGUGAAACCCCCGAAACAGAUGUUCAACCUAAAAAGAAAAAGAAGAAGAAAAAGAAUAGCGCUGAUCCUGAGGAAAGAACUGAUGAGGAUUUGAUCCAUGUAGAAAACUGCGAGGCAGACGAUUUGCACAAGAAGAAGAAGAAGAAGCAUAAGAAGAAGAACAAAGUGGAGGAGAAUGGAGUCGAAGAGACGCAUUCACCGGCUGCAGAGAGCGAGGAGGUGACUGCUGAGAUGCAUGCUGACGAGGGCAAGAAGAAGAAGAAGAAGAAGAAAUCCUCUAAACCCCUAAAGGAAAAUGAGAGUGACUGUAAGGAGUCUAGCCAAUCAAAUCACACCGGACUAGAGGAAUCAGACGUCACAGAGUCAACAGUGAAGAAAAGGAAAAAGUGCAAAAAGGACAAAACAUGUACAGAUAAGGAGGCGGCUCCUCCUCUGAAGAGGAAGAAGAAGUCUAAAGACUAGUGUGUGAUUAACUGGGAAUCUAAUUCCAUGUCUGAAGACGGCGUGCUUUCCCAGUGUACUCGUCUGUGGUGCUAAACCGGAAUCAUCAGUCGACCAGCAAACAUAAACAGGAAGCACUUUGAUCAAAUUUACACCCAUUUAUUCUGGUUACAAGUCCACAAGGCGGGAAUGUUAGCAUGAUCCUUUGACAUGACCGGAAUAAAUGAGUGAAAUUGUGGUUAAAAAAAAAAAAAUCAGCUGAGGUUUCAUGUGAAUGCUUCCUGUUUAGCUUUGUUUACUCGAUAUUAGAGGAACUUGGUGAGUUACAGUCUAAACAUGGACUGUAAAGGAAUUUUGGAUGUUUUCAAAAAACUGGAAAACAUCUUUAACUACAUCCAGCAGGUGAAGCGCAUUACACGCUGUUUAGAGAAGUUGAUGAUGAUUUUUUUUAAUGAUUGCCUUUAUAACAUGAAAUGUGGCCUAAAUAAUCCAUCACAACCAGACGUGGCUUUUCUAAACUGAGACUAACAGUCAUGAUAGCUGGAGUCCGUUUACAGCUGUUCUGGGAGGUAAACAUGAAAUAUAAAGAAUCUUUACAAGCUCCCUUUGACGGAGACCCCAGCUGCAUUGUGUUUUUACAAUACUGCUGUAGGCCGUGGAGUAUUGUGACACAUGCUGGUUUUAUAUGCAAAUUAAAUGAUCAGACUCUGCA